UGCCACUCUGGGCCCAGCAGCUCGGCGAGAUUUGUCUUUUGGAAUUAUAACUUUGUCUUUUUUUCUCGCAACUGCACCCGGUGUCAGAAUGACGACGAAGCCACAGCGAAUGUAACAUUUCCUGGCGAGAAGUUUGGUUAAACACAGGUUAAUCCGAAGGAGUAGCCUACAUGGUUUAAACUUGAAUGAUCUCUGUUGGUUGUGGAUCCCCAAGUAACGACCUUUUUGGGGGGAGAGAGAGGGACCAAAGUCAAGGGAAAACACGGCGACGAUCAGCGUUUUCACUCCGUCAAACAUGAACCUCAUCGGGGGCUACCAGCAUCACCACCACCACCUGAUGCAUGAAACCUUUCCGUUCGUCCAGCGCUGCCACCAGGACGCGCCUUAUUUCCAGAGCUGGGUGGUAAACCACGGAGAAGUACCAGCCGAAUUCCAGAUCCAGCCGCCCUACCCCGCCGCGGAGCUCGGAGCGCCGGGAGCGACGCACGACGUACGUCUGGAGGGGCUCCAGGCCGGCAUGGGGAAGAGGAGAGCGUCGGGGCCGAAGAAGGAGCGCCGGAGAACGGAGAGCAUCAACACCGCGUUCGCCGAGCUAAGGGAGUGCAUCCCCAAUGUGCCGGCGGACACAAAACUGUCUAAAAUUAAAACUUUACGCCUGGCGACCAGUUACAUAGCCUACCUGAUGGACGUGCUGGCCAAAGACUCUGGCGAGACGGAGGGUUUUAAGGCCGAAAUUAAGAAAUAUGACAACCGAGAUCUGAAGAGAAAACGUGAGCUGACUGAAGGCCUGCAGGAGCCCUUCGGAGCCGAGAAGAAGCUGAAGGGCCGGACCGGCUGGCCGCAGCAGGUCUGGGCUCUGGAGCUCAACCAGUGACCUGCGGCUCUCCAGACAGACUCAGGAAUACACACCCAGAAAACCACUGCCUGAACGACACAGCUGCAAGUGCAAUGAUGCGCAAAAGAAACCAAAAUUGAAACAAGACGGACUGGGAAGGACGCUGCUGUGGUUUCUGAACUGACACGUAAACUGACUGUAGAUAUUUGUGGCUGUUUGUGGCGUUUCUUUCUUCACAGGUCAUUUCAGAGCUACACCCUCUGUCCCCCUCCUCCUCCUCUUCCCAAUCCCAUCUGCUGCCUGUACACCGGUGGUUCCCAAACUGAGGUCCGGGGAGCUGCGGUGCCAUAUCUUGUAUCCCUUAGAAAGGUGUUUCCCUGGCCGCGUGUCCCCGCGUUUUCCUUGUUUGUGCGUUGCUGUUUUCCGCCGCAGAAAGACACGAUGGUGGACAAAUGGAUAAACAUAAGUGGCUUGAGAUAAUCCUGCUAUUUUUUUACUGUCUUAACAGGCUAAAUUGCAGGAAUGACUUUCCAAAGGUUUUGAAAUAUUAAAAAAAAAAUGAAAGUGAUGAAAGUGAUUUUGUUCAAAAUGUGAUUGAGGGAAAACGCUCCCUUUUCCUUCGAUAACACAUUUUGGCACACCUGUCAGGUUUAAAAUCCGCUAAGAAACAAGCCGGGAUUUUAGCAGUGCGUUUUCUUUUUAUCUCCCACACAGGUCAGCCUAUUUUAGACCAAACAGUAAAUGCACCCUGUCUACUUCAUAUUUAAAUAGUGGAUGUAAAUAUCAACAACAGGCCAUGCCUUAGAGAAGUCAUAAUAGACUAUGGACAAGAGCAUGACCAGAAGUCUGACUCAAAGACACAGAUUUAGACAUCUCCAGCAGAAAAUUACUCUUUGGAUGCGUUUCCCCGGUAUUGAUUAGGUCCGAUCUUGAGAUCCAGUCAAGGUGUCAAAUAACGACUGCAGUCAAGCUGUGGGCAAAAUUUCCAUCGCUAACAAUUGUUGAAUUUUGUCAGAGACAAACUCAGAACUAUCGAUUUUUAACUGUGAAUGCGCAAUGUGUGUGUGUGUGUGUGUGUGUGUGUGUGUGUGUGUGUGUUUUGGGUCAAUGAAAUAAUCAAGACGUUUAAUAAACGAUGAGUUUAAUUGCAGUGAUCGGGUUUCAUCUGACAGCGGGGCUCAAAAGUCUUGACAUCUCAUCUAGCAAAACGGAAUAACAUCACACAAGCAUAAAAUAACACUACGAUUUUUUUUUUAUACAUGAAAAAGAAAAGAACGGUCCAAUAAGUUUACAGUUCCAUGCUCACGAAUAAAAUUAUAGCCGGACAACAGGAUUUGGAGGCCAGAGAAAUUGUUUAGAGGACUUUUAUUCAUUGCCUAGGCCUGCAUAAAUGAUUGAUUCAUUUUAUUUAUUUAUUUGUUUCCUGGUGGAGGCGAGGGGAAAUCUGUUUCUUUGGGGGAAACAAUGUUUGGCACAGCAGGUCUAUUUUUCCCCUCACAUUUUCUUUCCAUUUCCACAUGUAGUGAGAUGGAGUUCUUUGACAUGGGAGAGGGUUUGGGAACCUUUGCUCUAAACUAUUCAUUGUUUUUGUCUCUUGUCGGAAACGAUCGACUAUUGCUCAGUCUACCUCAAAAUUAAUGUUACUGUCCGUUUGAAAUGAGAAAUAAAUUUUAGAUGGGAACUCUGUUCAAGAAGACGGGGUGGAAAUUGUGAAAAUUGUACAGCUUUUUCUCCGAAAUGUAACACAACGCAACUAAAGAAGAAAAAAAGAAAAGGCCUUUAACUCUGCGAAAUGUUGACGCAAAUGU